AUGGGGUCUUCGCUAUUUAUCUUUCCACUCCUUGUCAGGAUGUUUGCAGGGCUGUUGUUACUGGAGAAAGGAGAAUCUCCAUUCAGAGAUAGGGAAAGUCUUAUGGGUUCUCAUAUAGUGUUGACUGGUAUGCAACUCAAUCUCAUUGAUCGUUAUGUUUGGCUGAUGCAGGGGGUUCUCCUUCUCUGGUGGCUAGAGGGUUUGCUACUGCAUAGGUGGGACACCAUUAAAAGACUGCAGGCCAAAACAGGGGCUAUAUUCUGGUGGUUUAUUUUGUAUGGCCUUGCCUUGUACCCAACAAUAAACUGUCAAUUUGCAUAUGCUGAAUUUGGGUUCAUGAGAUCAAGAGCUUCUGGGGUAUUAGAUGAGGGUGCAUCAGGCAUCAUAUUCCUGAUUAUAAAGGGUGAAGGAGUUAGAAUUAGAAAGAUGUUCAUUCCUGGCUUGUACCAGCAUGUUACAGAUCUCCUGUUCAAUGUAGAAAUAGCUAUGUAUAUUAAUUAUUUUAUUGAUUUGAUAAACCAAAUUGUAGGUGAAGGAGUUAGAAAGAUGUUCUUUCCUGGCAGUGUACCAGCAUAUUACAGAUCUCCUGUUCAAUAUUGCUGGGAAGGGCUGAGGACGGAGCCGUCAGUCAAAGAGGAUGAGAUCGUUCUUGACGACAGUGAGGGAGUGCUUGGCACGGUGAGGGAGGACUGGGUGCUUGGCGCACCAAGGGAGGACUGGGUGCUUGACAGAGAUGGUGUUCUGUCGAUGUGGUUGUCGACGGCGGAGGAGAGGUGA